AUGUCUUCAUACACGGAUAGUCAACGUGCUUACCCCAACCGCUCUCCCCGCCAUCAGCCCUCAACGCCCACCACCUUUGACGAGAUGGGCAUCCAGCCCAUGUCUGACGCCCAAGAAGCAGCCUUGAGCCGGAAACCCUCUCUCGCUCGCUGCCUCACCCGUCGCAUGAUCGAUGGCGAUCGGCAGAAGGCUAACAAGGCCAAGGCCAAGGAGACUCGCCCAUCCUCCCCCAUGCCCCCUCAACCGUUCUCCACGGGCCAUUCCACCCCAGGCUCCGACCCUCUGCUCAGCCAGAACAGUAAGUCUGGCCCUCGUAGCCGUGCCGAGAUCAUUGCUGAUAAAACGAUCCAGCGUCACAACCGCAAGGGCAAGUUCUACUGCCGUCAUGCGUGGGAGUCGGGUUGUCGCUGCGAGAACCGUGCGCGCAAAGAGGGCGAUAUGUGCUUCAAGUGCAACGACGGUGCUUGCGCCUUUUGGCACCCAUGA